UUUCUUCUUUUUUUUUUUUUCUCGCGACUAUAUAUUACUUUGGUUGUGGUUAGUGUGGUUCUUGGACUUGGCCAUUGCGUUUCGUUAACCUAUUAAUAAAGAUAAUGAGUCAUUUGUUCAAAAAGGGGUUCAAAUAUCGAUAAGGUUCUUUUCAUUCUAACCCAUCCAUCCAUCCAUCCAUCCAUCUUAUCUAUUUAAUUUGAUGUCCUUUUCUUUUCUUUUGAAAAGUAUCCAUCCUUAUCUCUUUCCUAGUCAUACCUUUGAAGGAUAAAGUGAAAAAGGAGGAAUCAAAAAAAGUCAAAAGAGCACAGCUAAUUUGGUGUAGAAGAUGGGCUCAUCCGGCCGGCCCGAUGGCGGAACACGAAAUCAUCUCCAAUUUCUCCUUGUUUUAUGAAAUAAUGCUAGAGAGAAAAGACAUGUUCUUGUUUUUCUUUUUUUUUUUUAUCCUCUACCAUCAUCAUCAUAUAGAAAUAAACAUGAUCAGUCAGUCAACAUUUUAUAUUUUCUUUUGUUACUCUUUUUUUUUUAUCUAUUAUGACUUGGUGUUGAUGAUUGAGAAUGAUUUUGCCAAUAACAUUUACAAUAAUCAACGUUUAUUUUAACUG